AUGGGCAUCUUCAGGCGAUUCCGCUCGUCGUCGGGCGCGCAGGACACGAAGAGUGCGAGCUCUAGUCCAAGCUCCAAUUCGGUCCAUCGUGCCGCGUCCUCAAACCAUCUCGCAGUGCCCCAAUAUGCUGCUACGGCCAACGGCGCCUUGCCCCCGGGUCGCAUGUCCUCAUCAGCACUAGCUCUCCACCCACCAGAUCGCGCCUCAAAGGAAACAACACGAAGCGUGCUCCCGUGGAAGAGAGACAAGAAGUCUGAUCUCCAAGCCGUCCCCUACGAGUCGACCUCGCCAAACCACCCACAACGAUCGACAUCAGAACGACCUCCGUCAUCGAACCGCACCGAUCGCAGCUCUCGCACAUCCGAUUCCACCACACCGACGCGCCCUCACCAGAGGGCGGCACCACCGCCACCGCCUCCAACAAACACAGUUUCCCCCACAAGGCAUCAACUCGCCAACUAUCGCAACUCUGCGCAUUCAUCAGUCAUUUCCUUGGGGAGCGAGUCGUUUCACUCGGCGUCAGAGUUCAAGGACGACUCGUCGCAAGAGUGGACAAAGGCCGGCGGCAUCCUGGGCAAGCUCAACUUUGAGAGCCCAGAGGCAAAGCGCGCCAGGCUGCCUCCUCCUUCGCCUGUCGAGCACCGCCGCGGUCCCGACGGCACCGAGCGCCCGAAUGGCUCGCGGCCGCUGCCUCAACGCCCUCGAAUGAGCCAAGAGCGCCGCUCGACCGGCGACGUCCCGCAUCCCUCCACCACCUCGCCCUCGCCAUUGAAGAAGAUGGGCCUUGCUCUGUCCACAACCUCGUUGAACCACAUGCACCCCUCCCCGACGCCCUCGCCGUCGGCCGACAGGCUGCAGCACGAUGAAGUCGAAGAGAUUCGCGCCGACGGCGACGAGACGACAAAGGCAGGCUUUUGGAAGGGCCGAAGGACACGACGCACGUCGCGUCCGAGCGACGUUUCUGACAGGCCGUCGUCACCUGCUCUCAACGGCAAGGGCCGCCCAACCUCGCAGCCCUUGCGCCGCCCGUCUUCAUCACUAUUCCACAUUCCUUUCCAGCGCACACAUUCCCGCGUCUCAUUAGGUGUCGACCUCGAAUCGCCAAGCGUCGACGAUGGCUCCUUCCAGCUCAAGUCAUUCCGUCAUAUCUCGGGAGCUUCCGACGCCGACGGCGGUGUCGACAAGUACUUCUCACACGUCAGGCGGGAGCCCGCGGCUACCCAGGCACCCGGUCAUCGCGAUUCAUCCGUCACGACAAGCCAACGCAACUCGACUGUUGCCGCAGACAAUGAGCCACCGCUUACACCGCCCCGCUUGGCUCGCCCACCGAGUCUGGCAGGCUCCAUUGACAGCCAGAGAGUCAGCGUCGCCGCUUUCCGAAAGGGUAUCCGACGUCCCUCUUCGUCCAUCCUCACCGACGCCGACGACGACGACAUGCCCCUGUCUCUCAGCCGCGCGAAUCUGCGCAACGAGGCCCACCUCAAGCGAGACUCAUCGGCCCUGUCACUCACGGACGGUGAAGCAGCGCCUGCUAUCGUCACGCCGACCCUUGCACUUUCACCUCCAGAGGACCCCUCUGCACGCACGGAACGCGGUUCGAGCCCCGGCGCUUCACCUCUCCGUCCAUCAUCAUUCUCAUCUGCACCGCCAUCCGCAAACGCCCCAGUGUCCUUCACUGUGAGACGCGCGGCCCGCGAGGACAGGUCACCGCCGAAGCACGAGGGUGCGGGCAUCAGUCGCGAUCGCCUGCCCUCGCCUCCGGCCGAGGCCUCGUCCUCCCAAGCCCCAGUGUCCGAGCAAUUGCCGCCUGCACGAACCACCUCUCUGCCUUUGGCCCGCAUUCGCACCACGUCAUUGCACAUUGACGACCAGCCGCCAUUCCGCAGUCGUGAGCUGUCGCCCCAAGCGGAGGGGGCUUCACCGGUCCGCCUCCGCGAGGUGUCCCCACCUGUGCUGUCGCCGCUGCAGCAGUCACCCGUGUCCGUCACAAACCGCGUCGUGUCUACCCCCAAGACAUCAUCGUGGAACGCACCGCGCACAUCGCCCCCUCCACCGCCCCCGGCCGCCAUCCGGAUUCCCGAGCCUCAGGCCAUGUUGGACGACAUCAAGCUUCCUCCUAGGCCCGACGAGCUCGAUGACGAGCCGGUUCGCCGUAGCGGUGGCAUGUCCCCAUCGCUGUCAAGUGGCCUCACCAGCCCCUUGUCGGCUCUCGACGAGGGCGUGCGCCGCAUCUCUGGAUUGUGGAACCCUCAACCUGCUCUCGAAGUGCCCCCAGUCAGGCGCGAGGACAACGAGUCGCCAAAUGAGGAGGCCUUCGACCCGGCCAUCGUCAAUGCCUCGCUCUACCUGGCCCAAAACGAGCCUCGUCAGCGCACAGGUUCUGCGUCGGAAGCGAGGAUGAGCCUCCACGAGCGCCUCGGCAAGGUGACGGCGACCCCACCCAUGUCGGCGUCCACCUCGACCACUCGUCUCUUCAACCCUGCCUCGCCCGGCACCAGCGAGACUGCCCAGCAGCGCUCUCCUGGUAGUGAUCGUACUGCAUCGCCAACGCCUAUUCCACCAAAGAUUGAGACUGCUCCGGCACCGCCCCCGGCUGUCCCUCACUCGAGCUUUGGCCGGGCCGUCAAGAAGGCUGCCGAGAAACCACGCGCAGACAGGGCCGGCUGGGCGAGCAGCUCGGACGAUGAGGAUUCCAAUAAGACCCCGCCCGCGCGCAAGCCCCUCAAGUCGGCCAUGCGCGAGCCCCGUGAGCGCAUUCCUUCGCGAACCGCUCCUGUUGUUGAGGAAAUUGAGUCCGAGGAUGAGGACGAACCAUUGCACACACUCAAGAACAAGGUGUCACGUGCCUCUGUCAUGGAACGACCUCAGCCACCCUUCCAGGCGCGCUCUCAGCCUUCCCGAUCGUCUUUGAAGCCUCAAUCGUCGCGAUCGUCUGUGCGCCUCAGUCAGCUCAACGGCGUCAGUGGCGGCUCCCGGACGUCAGUUGUUGAUUCCUCGCGCAACUCUGUCAACGGUUACACGGGCAGUUCGCGCGCCUCGGUGGUUGAUUCCUCGCGCAAUUCAGUGCACGGAUCGUCGCGUCCUUCGGCAGAAUCAUCGCGCACCUCGAGUGCCAAUGUCGUUCCUCGCAUCGCGACAAGCGAAGUUGGCGGGCCGUCGCGAACUUCGAUGCUCGACCCUACGUCACCCGUAACUGUCACUGCGAGCACUUCCAAGUGGUCCUUAUCCUCGUCUCCUUCGCCGACGAUCUCACCUGGCCGCUCUGGUUCGGACGAGCCGCCAAGGGAGUCUUCCCGCCCUGUCUCUCGUGCCAACAUGCCUCGCUCGGUCAGCAGCGAUCGCCUGCGUGCCCAGCCGCCUGCUGCUGGCCUUCGCCAGCCAUCACCCAGACAUUCGAUUGCCAACUUGGCCGUCGAAGCGCGUCACACUGCUUCGCCUGCCUCGUCUCAGUCUGGUCUAACCGGAGACUCGUCGGCCCAGCAGCCCAUGACGCCGCACUCGCAUGACCAGCCGUCACGCCGCUCCUGGGCUGACGGCCACCGUCCUCGUGUGGAAGGUGCCGUCCCGCGUGAGAGACCAUCGACGACGUUUGACCAGCUCGGCGGUGCUACUCCAGGUGCCUUCCCGUAUGGCCAGCCUCAGCUCGACUAUGCGACGCAAGCUGCCAUGAAGCAGCAGAUGCAGGCGCAGUGGAUGGCUGCCGCUUCGCGUUAUUUCGAAGACGCAUGGGAGCGCGGCUCUGUGGCCUCCACCGCCCAGACGGCACCACACAUGCCGGGCAUGAGCUUCCCCGCACCAACCUAUGGCUACUCGUACCAGCAGCCACCGCCUGUGCCACACGGCAUGUACCCUCAAGGUUUCGCUCCUGGCGCUUUCCCUCCCGGCUAUCCCGUUGGCUAUCCAGGUGCUUUCGGCGCACCACCACCGCAGAUGGCGUUCCCAGGUAUGCAAAUGGGCAUGCCUGGCGGUAUGCCUCCGAUGGGCGGCGGCAGCAUGUACGGUUACGGCGCACCAGCUCAGUCUGUCUUUGGCGGCGAGUUUGGUCCUCCAGUGGCCGGUUUCACUGGACGCCCAGGCGGAGACAGCCCUGGCGGCUCUCCUGCCACGCGUGCGCGCCGCGUGUCUGGCGCGACCGACAUCAUCUCUGGCCGGCCAGCCAGCGUCGCGCACGGCAUGUCUGGCCCUGGCCCUGCUUCCCGUUCAACGCCCCCUCGACCUGCCCGUGCCACUCACACUCGCCGCGGCUCCGGCUUGGCCAUGAGCGAGAUUGGCGGCCCACCUCCUUCGAGCUGGCGUCGUAGUGGUGGCGGCCUCGACGACUUUGAGCAGACGCCCCGCCCCAAGCGCGUAACCAACGCGUCGUAA